CUGCUGAUACUGCCAUCGCCAUACUCCACUGUGGCUCUGCACACUCUGAGGAGCAUCAAGAUGGAAAUGACUGCACCAGGAUCUCUGUACCUGAAGAGAGUCAUCGCAGAGCAAAAUAUCAAGAGCGAGCAUUUUGCUGCCAGGGAAAAAGUGUUUGUGCUGGCAGACCCAGCUGUGUUUUCUGUUUCACUGGAAGCUACGGUUAAAGCAUACUUGGAAGUGUCACGCCGGCUCACAAACACACGGACUAUGGAGAAAAGUGUGCUUUUCCAUGUGCUGGAGACAGGGUUAGGGACGACCUGCCAAAGCUCCAGACUAGCUCAAGCUCUUGAGGUUUUAGAGGACCAUGAUGUGAGGCAAUAUUUCCAGGAUGUGGUUGAAACUGUGAAGCAGAGUUUACAGCAUGGUCCCGGCAGUCGUGCAGAUUAUCUGAAGGGGCUGAAGCAGAUAUACAAACACAUCUUGGCUGCCUCUGAAAAAGAUGUAUUGCAUGAUGAACAAGGUCCUGUGUACAGCACUACAGUGCCCUUGCCAGAAAUGAACUUCCUCAUGUGGACAGAUGAAGAGAUGCUAUGGAAUCUGUUGACAGACUUUGCCCUACCUUCUGGCUCCAACUCCAUUAAGGAUGACAAAGAAAGGAUCUCAAGAGACAGCGGGAUAGUGAAGGACUUAAAGGACUCAGACGAAGCAGAGCAGCUGCCUUACAUGGCUCAAAAGACACUGUGGGAACGGAGAAAUGCCUUGAAGAACUCAAAGUCUGCAGAAAAACUGAGUCUGAUGGAGGAGAAGAUGAAGGAAGAUGUUACCAGAAACUCGCUUCUACUCAAAGAGGAGCGAAGUCACACGGCUCGAGUUGUGGUACUGGGGGAUGACAGCACCCUGGGAAAGCUCACCAAGGCUUAUUACAUCAUACGCAAGAAAGAGGCCAAACGUAACAUGCUGACCAAGAAACUAGACCUGCAGCUGUACUACAUCCCAGUCUCUGAUGCAGAGGCUUCACCGAGUUCACCUGAUGAGAGCAGGUUGUCUUUGGCGUCCUGUUUGGAGAGAGUGGAUCCGUGGUACAGUGUCAACGUUAGCAGUCUGGGAGCUGCCAUCCCGACGCUACCUGAGCUGCCUUCUGUUUCCAGGAAACCGACAGAGCUGAGCCUUUACUUGUUGGACACCCUGUGUUACUACCUUCGCUGUGGGACACAGCCAGUUAACCUCCCGGUCUAUUCAGUUAAGAUGACCCUCUCCAACUCUGAUCUGGCCUCAGUGGAGGAGCUGUUUGUGUCCCACCUGGAGGCCGACAUCCCAGAUUUCAGACACCUUAAAGACUGGCAGCAGAGGGAACCUUCUGUACGACAAAAGAAGUCAUCGGUGGAACUCUUUGGCGUGGUUCUGUCGGUCAACUACACAAAGGCCACUUUAAGCAAACGAGACGUUAAAGGAGAAGCAUCUAUGACCUGGCGUGUGGUAAUUACCUCAGAGCCGGCAGCUUCAGCGUCAGGGGAGAGUUACCUGGCUGCAAGGUUUGACUCUCUGAACCCCGCAUACAACACAAAAAUCGAAACUCGAAACAUCAGCAUCAGGACAAUGGAGCAACGAACACUCUGCGUGUGUCUGGACAAAGACCCUCGCAGGAUAUACACCAAUGUCCAAAAAAUAGAAAUCUCUCCAUGCUUGGACCCGGGUUGCACCAUUCGGUGUAGGUACAGCAUCGGCAGCGAGCAAGAGCUGCCACUCAGCAAGUAUCUGGACAAAGUCAUGUCACUGCCAAUCAACAGCUUCUCUGGUGUCAGCAUGUGAGGGACACAGGCUGACUGCUUCACAGUCAUCUUAAUGUUACAUUAGCAAAGCAUAUCCGUCCACCCAUCAGUUCAUUUUCUUCACCUCGCAUACAGUUCAGGGUCGUGGUGGGCUAGAGCUAGAGGCAGAAGCAGGUCACCUCUACAUUGCAGAGUAGAAUCAUCUACACUGUCUUGUGUUUAGUAACAUUAAUGUUAAUCCCUUUGGAUCCUCUUAAUUUAGUAACACACAAUUAUUUGGAUUCCAUUAUCUCUCUCGCUAACUGAAUUCUAAAUGCUUACAAAUCCUGUGAUAAGAGUUAACGGAUCCUCUACAGGAGAAAAAGUAGUUAGGUUCUACUAACUAAGAAUGCAGAGCGAGUCUGCAUGUUGAAGUAUCCAAAUGCAUCGAUCUACCCCUGAAUGUGUGAAUGUUAGAGGUGUGUAUGCAACAGGAAAAAAGUGCUUGUAUGAACAGGCGUGAUUGGUUGAAUGAGGCUUGCAGUAAAAUGUGCUUUGAGUGUUUGUAUUAAAGCUCUACAUAAGUACCUGUCCAGUUAAUUUGCUUCAAAGACAAAGUACUACAAGUAUCCAA